AUGCAUUUGCAUUCUAAAGAUAUUUUUGAUCUGAUGGACUGUUUCAGUAGUUUCCUAACGCAAGUAAAAUUUUCAAUUAAAUUGAUUAUAUUUUGGCUGAAUGAACGAAAAUUCUUUGAAAUCUUGAUGAUAAUGGCAGAGGACUGGAACGAUUGCGCUAGCAGUAACAUCAAUAUGCGCGAAACAGCAUGCAAAGCUAAAUUAGCAGAUCGUAUCACUAAUGCAAUGUUUACUCUUCAUACAUUAACUAUUGUUGCGUAUAGUAUUGGCAUUCUCUUGGCUGAUGUCGACAUCUCCGAGCAAUCCGAACUACCUCUUCUCUUAAAGGUGGAGCUUCCUGUCAACAUAAAUACAAAACGCAUGUAUAAAAUGCUUCUGGCUAUGCAAUUCGUGCAUCUUAUCAUGUCCGGCUGCGGAACAGGUCUAUUAAAUGCUUUGCUCUUAACUUUAACUUUACAUGUAGGUGGUCAAAUGGAUAUUUUGCGUUGCUGGUUAAGUGAACUCGUACCACGAAAAAAUGAAGGAUCCGAGACUGUCAUGACAAAUAGAAUUAUUCACAAACAUCAAAGAAUCAUUAAUUUUUCGGAAUAUAUUGAAGAUUUAUAUACAUACAUCGCGUUAGUGCAAUUUACAUCAAACACUGUGCUGAUUUGUUCUUUGGGAUUUCUUAUUGUAACGGCAAUUGGCAGUCCCGAUGCAACGGAACACAUAGUACGAUCUCUUUUAUUUUACACCGUGACGAAUCUCGAAGCAUUUAUAUUUUGUUACGCAGGAGAAUAUAUAAAAAACAAGAGUAAAGCUAUCGGAAAUGCAGCGUACAAUUCCGCCUGGUAUGAAAUGAAACCUAAAAACAGUCGUAAUUUAAUAUUCGUGAUAUUAAGAGCGCAAAAGCAAUUGACACUUACAGUUGGAAAAAUAAUGGAUCUCUCCUUAGAAUCAUUUACAAGUAUCAUGAAAGCAUCAGGAUCAUAUUUGUCAGUAUUACUGGCUAUGCAAUAA